AUGAACAUCUUGAUUGACAACAAAGUCUCGACCCUGAAUGCCAGCGAUCCUAGGAUCAGGUCCAGAACCGACAAAUCCCUGUCAGCAUCCUCUCCGACAACAGAAGUAGCUACACCUAGCCCAGAAUUGAAUUCCAAUGUCGAGGGUUUGGGACUAAGCAAACCAGCAAAGGAGGACAAAUAUCCCAAAUUCCAGGUAAAACCAUGGCAUUCGAUCGUUCCAAGCUCCGAUAAUUCGACGAGUAUUCCCGAGGAGGUUGAUUCUACAGGUGUAUAG